AGGGUCUCCGUUUCCUUUUUCGAGGGAAGCAUACUCGGAAUCUAUCUGUUUCUGGUCCACGUCUCAGUCCAUUUCCAAGUCGUUGGGUUGGCUUUAAUUAUUAUCCAAAUUGUCCGUUUAUUGUGUCUCAAAAAGCCACAAUGUCUGCACUUCAGGCUAUCAAGUACACGCGGGGCAAGUUGGAGGUGCUCGACCAGCUGCGAUUGCCACAUGAGUCUGUCUAUGAUGACGUCUCGACAUGUGAACAGGCUUUUGAUUGUAUCAAGUCUAUGCGUGUUAGAGGUGCACCAGCAAUUGCAAUUGUAGCCGCUUUGGCUUUGGCAGUUGAGUUGGAGAACGCCGACCUCAGUCAAUCGUCCGUCGAUGGGCAGCUGAAAUAUGUUCACGACAGGCUGGACUACCUUAUGGGUAGUAGGCCAACCGCUGUUGACCUCUCAAACGCCAUCAGGCUCUUGAAGAUGACGGUCAACGCAGCGGCGAUUGCGGAAGCAGAUCGCACUUCGAACAAGACUGCACAGCCAGAUGCUGCCGUGAUCAGGCAAGCAUACAUCAAAGCCGCGGAGAAGAUUCUUGAGGAUGACCUUCAAACGAAUCUGGCCAUCGGCAGGUACGGUGCUGAGUAUCUCAGACGCCAGCAGCUGCCCGUUCUAUCGCCAGAAAACGACGUCGACGACAUUCGCUACUUCACCACCAGCCCCCCCGGAACACAAGGAGCCCCCGACAGAACCUACAGAAAACUCAGCGUCCUAACCCACUGUAACACCGGCUCGCUCGCCACCUCCGGCCACGGCACAGCCCUCGGCAUAAUCCGCAGCCUCCACAAGAUGAACUACCUCGACCACGCCUACUGCACCGAGACCCGGCCCUACAACCAAGGCGCGCGCCUCACCGCCUUCGAGUUCGUCUACGAAAAGAUCCCCUCCACCCUCAUCACGGACUCCAUGGCCGGCGCCCUCUUCGCGCGCCUCAAGGCCGAGAAGAACAUCUCCGCCGUCAUCGUCGGCGCCGACCGCGUCGCCCGCAAUGGCGACACCGCCAACAAGAUUGGCACCUACUCGCUUGCCGUCCUCGCCAAGUUCCACGGUAUAAAAUUCAUCGUCGCGGCUCCCACGACCAGCAUCGAUCUCGAGACCGUCACGGGAGCCGAUAUUGUCAUCGAGAAUCGCCCCCAGAAGGAGCUCACCCAGAUCAGCGGCGCGGUGGUCGAUAAGGAGGGGAAUGUGGAUGUUAAUGACACGCGCCGCGUCGCUGUCGCGCAUCAGGGGAUUGGUGUCUGGAAUCCGUCGUUUGAUGUCACACCGCAUGCGCUGAUCGAUGCGAUUAUCACGGAGAAAGGGGAGGUGGUGAGGUCGGCGAAUGGAACGUUUAGCUUUCAGCAUAUUAUGCCGGCGAGGUGGAAGCAGCAGGUUGAGAAGACGGAGCCGGUUGAGGUGGCAGCGUUGUCGGGGAAGGCGUCUAUGGCGGACUCGGAAGAGGGGACGCAGUUUAAGUUGGAGCUUGUGUGAGGG